UAGACAAUGGUGAUGAGGCUGAUUUCGAAGAACAGCUUAAUUUGCAGACAUAACCUUUGUCUCAGGCGUAAUAACUCCACGCUUGCUGUCUCUAACUACGUUCCCAAUUCACCGACAACAACAAGAACACAAAACUUUCCUGAGACGUCGAAAAGCACAUCUAUCUUCCAAUGCAAUUCUCAAAUAUCAAAGCUCGCGAGAAACGGAAAUCUCCAAGAAGCCGAAGCUAUCUUCAAAACAAUGCCUCAUAGAAGCAUAGUCUCAUGGAACGCGAUGAUCUCUGCCUACGCCGAGAAUGGCAAAAUGAGUAAAGCACGCCAAGUGUUCGACGAAAUGCCUGUGAGAGCCACAACUUCUUAUAACGCGAUGAUUACAGCUAUGGUUAAAAACAAGUGUGAUAUGGUGAAAGCUUACGACUUGUUUCGUGACAUUCCUGAGAAGAACGCGGUCUCUUACGCGGCGAUGAUUACUGGUUUUGUUAAGGCGGGGAUGUUUGAUGAGGCGGAGUGUUUGUAUGGUGAGACACCCGUUGAGUUUCGUGAUCCCGUUGCUUCGAACGUUUUGUUGAGUGGGUAUAUGAGAGCAGGGAAGUGGGAGGAAGCUGUACGUGUGUUUGAAGGUAUGGAAGUGAAAGAAGUGGUGUCGUGUAGCUCGAUGGUUGAUGGGUUUUGCAAAAUGGGGAAGCUUGUUGAUGCUAGAAGACUCUUUGAUGAGAUGUCUGAGAGAAAUGUGGUUACUUGGACUGCUAUGAUUGAUGGGUAUUUUAAAGGUGGGUUUUUUGAAGAUGGGUUUGCUCUGUUUCUGAGGAUGAGACGAGAGGGAGAUGUUAGUGUUAAUGCUAACACUUUGGCUGUCAUGUUUAAAGCUUGUCGGGAUUUCGAAAAAUACAGAGAGGGGAUUCAGAUUCAUGGGUUGGUUUCACGGAUGCCUCUUGAGUUUGAUCUGUUUCUAGGGAAUUCCAUGAUCUCGAUGUACUCUAAGCUUGGCUUUACGGGGGAGGCCAAAGCAGUGUUUGGUGUGAUGAGAAGCAAAGACUCUGUUUCUUGGAACUCGUUGAUCACGGGUCUUGUCCAGCGGGGACAGGUUUCUGAAGCUUAUGAACUUUUCGAGAAGAUGCCGAGUAAAGACAUUGUAUCUUGGACUGAUAUGAUCAAAGGGUUUUCCGGAAAAGGAGAGAUCUCCAAAUGUGUAGAGCUGUUUAGGAUAAUGCCUGAGAAGGAUGACGUAACAUGGACUGCUAUGAUAUCUGCUUUUGUGAGCAACGGAUGUUACGAGGAAGCGGUUUCCUGGUUUCGUAAUAUGGUACGAGGAAAGGUUUCUCCAAACUCCUACACUUUCAGUAGUGUCCUCAGUGCAGCAGCUAGUUUAGCAGCAUUGGUUGAAGGACUACAAAUCCACGCUAGAGUAGUUAAGAUGAACAUGGGGUAUGACUUGUCAGUUCAAAACUCAUUGAUGUCUAUGUAUUCAAAAACCGGAAACGCUAAUGAUGCUUACAAGAUCUUCUCACGCAUCAGUGAUCCCAAUAUUGUUUCUUACAACACGAUGAUCAGCGGGUUUUCUUACAACGGUUUAGGAAAGGAAGCUGUUAAACUGUUUUCAGUAUUGGAAACUACAGGAAAAGAGGCAAACAGUGUUACCUUUCUUGCUUUGUUAUCAGCUUGUGCUCACGUUGGAUACGUUGACUUAGGAUGGAGAUACUUCAGAACGUUGAAAUCUUCGUACGGUAUUGAACCAGGACCUGAUCAUUACGCAUGUAUGGUUGAUCUUCUUGGAAGAAGUGGCAUGCUUGAUGAAGCAUAUCACUUGAUCUCUUCAAUGCCUUUUGAGCCUCACUCUGGUGUUUGGGGUAGCCUUCUUGGUGCGAGCAAGACUUGUCUACGUGUGGAUCUUGCAGAGCUUGCUGCUAAGAAACUAACUGAGCUUGAGCCGGAUAGUGCAACACCUUAUGUUGUAUUGUCUCAGCUAUAUGCACUUGUUGGGAAAAACAGAGACGGUGAUCGGAUAAGGAAUAUCAAGAAAUCGAAAAGAAUAAAGAAGGAUCCUGGUUCUAGCUGGAUCAUAUUAAAGGGUGAAGUACACAAUUUUCUUGUGGGAGAUGGAUCUCAUUUGAAUUUGGAAGAGAUAACGUUCACACUGAAGAUGAUUGAAAAGGAAAUAGAAUUGGUUUCUAUAAGCCACGGAAGUGCAUUCAGUGAAGCUACCUGA